GCUCACUUCCGGGUGCAGGCAGAGGUCGGAGUGACCGGUACACGUGCCUACUAUGGCUGGUUUAGUGGAUUUCCAGAGCGAGGAGGAUGUGAAAGAAUAUCUAGAUAACUUGGGCACGGAGUACAGCUACCAGUGCUACCGGGAGAAGCAGCCGGAUGGUUGUCAUCGACUUGCUGAAUAUUUUGAAAGCAUAAAAAAAAACUUUGAUGCUGCUGCGCAGAUUCUGAAGAUAAAUUGUAACCAAAAUGGGCACAGUGAGAGCUGCUACAAAUUGGGUGCUUAUUAUGUAACUGGAAAAGGUGGUUUAUCAGUGGAUCUGAAAGCUGCCUACGACUGCUUCCUGAAGUCUUGUCACCAAGGGGGGAAAAAAUCAAUAGAUUCCUGCCAUAAUGUGGGAUUACUGGCUCACGAUGGCCGUGUGAAUGAUGAAAAGCCCGACCCUGUGGCCGCUAGAGACUACUAUACCAAAGCCUGCGAGGGAAAAUUUGCUGCAAGCUGUUUCAAUCUUAGUGCCCUGUAUAUACACGGAGCUCCUGGGCUACCCAAGGACAUGAGCCAGGCUCUACACUACUCUGAGAAGGCCUGUGAAUUGGGGCACAUAUGGGGCUGUGCCAAUGCCAGUCGUAUGUACAAACUAGGGGAUGGUGUGAGCAAAAAUGACUCUAAAGCAGAAUCCCUGAAAAACAGGGCCAGGGAGCUGCACAGACAGCAGAAAGAUGGAGCACCAUCAAUUUCCUUUGGUGAAUGAGGCACAUGGGACGGAGAUCACGAUUGAGACCUGUAACUCUGAAGAGAUUGGAAUAUUCCAGUGUUCAGCUGCAAGCUGAGUGGUAGAGACACACUUUGUAGAAAUAUGGUUCCUGAUGUGUAUUGUACAUGUAUAUGGUUCCUGACGUGUAUUGUAUAUGGUUCCUGACGUGUAUUGUACACUUUUUAGGGCCUAUAUGGCAGCCCCUGAGGUGUACUCCACAAUGCACCAAAGAUGAUAAAACUGUGAUACUGAUUUUGUUAUAAAAAAGAAAUACAAUAACGUGUAUUAUGUAUCACUAAUAAAGUGAGAUGCCUUUGUGUAAUUA